CAGACAAGGAGCCACCGAUUGGUAGUGCGACAACGAAAGGUAUGGCGUCGAAGGCUACCAAGCCGGCGGGAGAGGGCAGCGUGAGCUUCGGCCUGCAGCUGGGCGACGUCAUGGCACUCCUGAAGCCCCUCGUGGUCAGCAUUCAUAUCGUUCCUUAAGUUUGGGGGCUCAUGAAUGACGGACGUCUUCUGUUGUCGUUUUGUCUGCCACCAGACUGAGGCGAUUGCGAUGGACCCCGCGAAGGCCAAGGCGUUGCGCGUGCCUGAGGGGGAGGCGAGAUGGAGCGACCUCCAGGACCUGGCCCAGCAGCUCGAGAACGUCAUGAAGAGGUGCAGAAAGAGAAUCGACGAGAGGGAGACACCGAAAGUGCCCGAGAGCAUGGUGAGAGAGAAGCGCGAGACAGGUGCUGACGGACGAGAGACAUGAUUGUGUGCUGCCAUCUGUCCGUCGCCAAUCAGGACGCCAAAGUGAAGGCGCUGGAGAAGAAGGUCUCCGCCGAGGAAACCCUUCACAACUUCCUCUUCGACUCCCUCAACCUCUGCGACGAGCUCCUAGACGUCGCCCCGCUCACGCGCGCCUUUUCCAAGAUCCUGGCGACAAGCAUCCCGACGCUCGAGACGCAAUAUAGACACCUCCAGGACCAGUCAGAGACCCUCGCAGACCUGGUGCCGCCGCGUUUCUUUUCGACGCUCCAUCGGCUUAAGCAGCAUCCGGUGCGAAGCGGCUAUCAAACACCGCGUACGGAGGUUGCUGCGCCGCCGGUGGGGCUGGGUGUGCCGGAGGAUGAGGAGGAGGCGAGGCCGGAGUGGGGGGCCCUGCCGAUGCCUUGCCCUAUGCCCGUGAGAGGACGAUUGCUCAGACUCGUGCUUGCGGACUUCAAAAAGUGAGAGAGACGAGUCGAGUCAAAGACCACGCGCAUGUGGUUUAUCUGCUUUGUGGUGUGGUGUGCGGAUGUGUGUGUAUCGUGGAUCAGUUUCGAGAGGUUUCUGAUGGCGUCCCUGCACUGUCUUCACGACGCCAGCCGCGAGCUCAACAUUCUUCUCCCCUGGGACCGCAAGCCGCAGUCGGCCGACCUCCCGACAUUGGGCGGCGUGGUGCUCCUCUUCAAGGGCCGAGUGCAGUCACUGGGAGGCGCCAUAGCCACCGAGACCAAGUUCGUGCCUCCGCUGAUCUUCGCCGCCACUGCGGCCGAGGCCAUCCUGCUGGAGAAGCUCUCCGACACCCAGGCACAGCCGGCGAGCACACACAAGUUCAAGCACACCGGGUCGGGCCUCUCCCUCUCGUCCAUGACCGACGACCGCAUGAAGUGCAUCGUGGAUUUCGACGAGAGCCUCACCCUCGAUAUCGACGACAUCAAGGCUGACAACGCCAAAGCAGACGUGACCACACCCGCAGGUGGGGCCGUCAGGACUCCCAGGGCGGACGAGGACGGCGAGCCGACGGUGCAGGUGUCUGUCGAUUUCUACAUGCUGUUCCUGACCCACAGCGAGGGGGAGGGGCUGCCGCCCCUCCUCACUUCCAGCGAUGAGCACUGCCGAUGGGCGGCGGGCGGGACGCACAUCCCCUUCCCCACCUACAACACCAAGCACUACUCCAUCGACGAGGAGAAGCUCGGCAGCGCCGGACGGCUCGAGUGGCUGUGUCGGUGGGAGGCCAACGUCGACAUUUCGGAGGUCGUGGAGGGCUACCUCGACCUCAGGGGACGGCCGUCGGUGGUCUACCUGGCCGACUCAGAGCACCUGGCUCAGACGUCCGCCACCCGGCGCGCCGAGCUGGACCGGAAGACGUCAUCAGUCGCUUCGUCCAAGGCGCUGAAAGAGCUGGACCGGCUCGCCACCCACGUCCGCACGGCCAUGCGGCGUGACCUCGGCGGCCGCUCGCGCAUGCCCUCUCUCCGGCUGUGCCUCUCGUCCAUCCCGCCGACGGCCAUCCCGCCCCCCUGUCCAGACGUCGAGUACUUUCCGGUGCUGCCAGGUCUGCUGCCGCCUGACCAGAGGAAGGUCAUCCGUCUGCAGAUACUGGAGGCGCCGACGUUCCCUGACCACAGCAAGAGCCUCUCUGCGCCGCUGCGGCCGUUCUUUAUCGCACAGCUGCCCCGUGGCAGCACCUGGACUUCACCAGAGAGCAGCCACCAGGGUUUGCGGACCGGCCGGCACAUCUCUGGGAAGGCGUCUGUUCAGCCGGGCACGAGUGAGGGUGAGGAGAUCUCCUAUGUGCACCACGGCGAGGUCUCCCUCAGCCGCACCGUCGGCGCCGUGCCCCACGGCCCCACCUACCGAUGGAACGAAAUCGUCUGGCUGCCUUAUACACCGGAGGACAGCUAUGUCGCCCUGGACUUCUUCGCCGCAGACGGCCAGGGAGGCCAUGCCGCCGUGGGUCAGCCGGUGGCCUUUGGUCGGCUGCCGGUGGACUCGCUGGCGAUGGGGGGCGGGGAUGAGUGGCAGCAGUGGGGGCCGCCGUCAGGUGGAGAGGGGGAGGUGCCCGAGGCGGAGGAAGACCUGGGUGCUGAUGCUUCCCGGGAUAAUGAGGGGACUGGGCGAAUAAGGACGUGCUUCCUCUGCCCGCUCGGCGAAGUUCGGUGAGCAAGGAAGAACAGUGGGGCAUUUACACGUGGCCUAUGUCUCACUGGUGUCAGGUAUCGACUCUCGUUGGUUGGUCUGGGUGACGUGCCGACGAGCAUCGCCCCGUCAGAUGUCUUCGCGGUCCACUGCGAGGCGUUCGAGAGCAGAUUCACGCUGCACCAGGCGAUCCUCGACGGCCCUAAUGGCGCCCAGCUGUCCAACUUCGUCAAGUGCAGGCGAGUACAGCGCAGUCACGCCCGUCCCGUCGCCAUUCGAUCAUUCAGUCUCCGUGUCUGUCUUCUCAUCUCAGUGUGACAUUCAAGCUGGGCAACGACGAGGUCACGGUGCUCGACGGAGGAUGCCGCACAUUCCACUCCGCCCCCCCCACCACCACCACCGCCCGCACCCCCAUGCUGUGGGUGUGCUGGCCAUCCCUCAACCUCACCUUCCCCCUCAACGCCUCCCACUUCGGCGGGCCACUGGAGCUGGAGGUCCAGGUCAGGGGGCACUUCGACACACAGAAACAGCAGCAGGAUGGGGGAGGGAGUCCGACAGCGAAGAGCGUCAGGAAGGGCUCUGCGGAGGAGCUGCUGCUGCAUGGCAAGGAGGACACCACCACGAAGCGUGUGCUGGGGAGGGUAGUGGUGCCGCUGCUUACUGCUGGUGGUGGGGAGAAGGGCGGCGUGAGGGGGAUGGCCGGUGAGGUGAAGGGGCGGCUGAAGGAGACCACGGGGCAGUGGCUGGACCUCACUGACGGCAUCUGGGCGACACCAACCGACGAUAAAAAAGGUGGACCUCUUGCAGAAGAGAGAGACAGACACUGGGCAAACGUCACCCUGUGUCUCGCGCUUGGAUAAUUCAGGAGGUGCGUCGUGUCGCUGCCACAACCUUUCGCUGGUCGAUGUGCGGUCGUCUGCCCCCUUUCAGCCAGUAACAUGGGAUCACCUGCCCACGCCACUCGCGCCCGUCCUCAACACACCAUGACUCUGAUGGACGAUGGUCUUCUUGCAUGGCUGCGUGUGUCUGGCUGACAUUUUUCGUGGGCUUCUUUGUCUGUGCGCUUGCAUGUUUGUCUGCCGGGAACGAAGCGAAGCUUGUGGGAGAGGUACCAUCAAUCAGUCACGGUCAUAUAGCUAGCUAUACACACGAGUUGAGUUGAGUUGAGGAGUCAGUGAGCAUGAGCAUGAAAUCGGAGAUCGUCUGCCAACCGACGUGAGCAGCCAUGAACGAACCAUGUCAUACUAUCACCUGCCUCGUCAGAAAGCCCGCAGACCGAAAAAGAAGAGAAGAGCAAAGAGCGACCAGACAGCGAAAACCGAGCCGCGAAAAGAAAACCGCCCGGGCAGGCGCGCGCAAAGGAAAACGAAAAGGGACAUGAAAGUUGAGAGAGGCAGGGGCGGGGGCGGGGACCAUUGUGGGGGCAGGGAAAUCUGCCAUGUGGCUGGGGCAUGAGAUGCCUGCAGACAGAACCAUGGAUGGGUGGAUGGAUGGAUGGAUGAUGGAU